CAUAAGAACGAUCUUAGAUUGCUGAGGCAGGAGGAUUGGACUGAUCAACCUUGUUUUACAAACUGCUCGAAGCAGAAGGACAACUACAGCCAUGAGGCUUCUCUGUCUACUGCAGCUGGUCUGCUUGACUGUUUGUAGUGCUUCCAGAUCAAGAGACUGGGCUCAUCAUGGUGCCCCAAUGUUCGCCGAUCUCACAGCGCGUGAGAUGAAAGCUGUCAGGGCUUAUCUGCAUGGUAUUCCAGAGAUGGGGCUCACUGAUGCUCGUAGCAAGACUCUGAUGAAGAACAGCAUCAUGCUGAUGGAACUCCAUCUGCCAAGGAAGCAUGAAGCCCUGAGAGCUCUGGACCGCGGGCAGGCCAAACCCCAACGUGAAGCUCGUGUGAUCGUCCAGUUUGGGAACCAGACCAAACCCAACAUCACUGAGUACAUUGUCAGUCCUCUGCCAUCCCCAAAGACCCACAGAGUUAAGACAUUCAAGGGGGAUAGGCCUAUCCACUUUGAGGCGAGGCCCAUUACUGCUGCAGAGUAUGAGCAUAUAAAUAAUAUGCUUGGGAAAAUCGCAACAAAAGCUCACAAGCUCCUGUUUGAGACCACAGGAGGGUUUUCUUUUAAUAACUGCUCUGACCGCUGCCUGACGUUCUCAGAUGUAGGUCCCCGUGGGCUGGGUUCAGGUGAGAGGAGAACCUGGAUCAUAUUACAGAAGUUUGUGGAGGGUUAUUUCAUCCACCCCAUUGGGUUUGAGAUACUGAUCAAUCACAAGGACCUGGAUCCAGAAAAGUGGACAGUUGAGAAGGUCUGGUACAACAGCAUGUACUUCGACAGUGUUGAGGAACUGGUAGAAAAAUAUGAAUCAGGAGAGGUGGAGAAGUUGAAACUGCCCGAUCAUGACGACAAUGACCACUACUCCACCUACAUCCCCCGGGGUCACACCAACACACCCACUAAUAUCCAUGGGCCAAAGCUUGUUGAGCCUCAGGGGCCUCGCUAUCAUGUUGAUCGCAACUUUGUUGAAUAUGCCGGAUGGUCUUUCGCCUACCGAGUCCGCUCAACAGCUGGAAUUCAAAUCUUUGACCUCCGUUUUAAUGGAGAAAGGAUUGCCUAUGAGAUCGGCCUCCAAGAAGCUAUUGCCUUCUAUUCUGGUGAUACUCCUGCAGCCAUGCAAACAAAGUACAUCGAUGCUGGCUGGGCAAUGGGCAGCUCAACCUUCGAGCUGGCACCUGGAAUUGACUGUCCAGAAUUUGCCAGCUUUUUUGAUCUAUACCACUACUUUGACACAGACAAGCCUGUACGCCACCAAAAUGCACUCUGUAUUUUUGAGAUGACCACUGCUAUGCCUUUGAGAAGGCAUUUCAACUCUGACUUCAAGGGCGGAUACAACUUCUUUGGAGGGCUUGAAAACACUGUUCUGGUGUUGCGGACAGCCUCAACGGUCUAUAACUAUGAUUACAUCUGGGACUACGUUUUCUACCAGAAUGGGGUGGCGGAGGUCAAGGUCAGCGCUACCGGAUACAUCCACUCCACUUUCUUCACACCUAACGGACUUAACUAUGGUAACAGGGUGUACAACUAUGUGCUGGGUAACCUCCACACACACCUCAUCCAUUAUAAAGUGGAUCUGGAUAUUGCUGGUCGGGAGAACAGCUUUGAGACGAUAGAUCUGAAAUUCGUCAACUUCACAAACCCCUGGAGCCCAAAGAAUUUCGUCGUCCAGUCCAAACUCCACAGGACAGAGCAGAAGACCGAGCGAGCUGCCGCUUUCCGCUUCGGCAAAAAGUUUCCACGUUAUGUGCACUUUUACAACCCCAAUGAGAAAAAUAAGUGGGGACACCAGAAAGGUUAUCGUAUUCAGUUUAACUCACAUGCCGACAGUGUGCUUCCAAGAGGCUGGAAAGAAGAAAAUGGCAUCAGCUGGUCGAGGUAUCCUCUGGCUGUGACCCGUCAUAAAGAUAGUGAAGCCACGAGCAGCAGCAUUUACACCCAGAAUGAUCCCUGGGAGCCCACUGUGUCUUUUGAGGACUACAUCCGCAAUAAUGAAGACAUAGUCAACCAGGACCUGGUAGCCUGGGUGACAGUGGGCUUCCUGCAUGUGCCUCACUCAGAAGACAUCCCCAACACGGCAACACCUGGCAACGCAGUCGGCUUCUUCCUCCGACCUUUCAACUUUUUUGACGAGGACCCUUCGUUGGCAUCCAGAAGCACUAUCAUUAUCCGGCCUGGACAGGACGGCAAGCCCAAGGUCCAGAGAUGGACGCCUGAGGUCAUAGGUCACUGUGUGACAGACAAGCCGUUCCACUACAAUGGCAGCUAUGUUGGAGUCUAAUUGUGUGUUUUUGGGUUUCCCCAAAAGUAUUUUUGCUCAUAUAUCAUAUUAAGUAAAUUGCACAAUGAGUAUUUAAUAUUAAUAACAAUCACUUGUAGUACAUAUGGUCAGAUUUAUCACAUGUAAUAUCUUCUAAUGAGAAUUGUUUGCAAUAUUUACAUUUCUGAAAGAAACCCAAAUUAUGUAAUUAUAAAAUUUAAAUA